AUGAGAGGCCUCAUCGCUCUUUCGCUGGCAGCUUAUGCUGUGGCGGCACCAACCGUCAGCCAUGGGACCAUCCAUGGCGACGCCGCCCCCAUUCUUUCAUCCUCCAACGCAGAGGUUGUCCCCAACUCGUACCUCAUCAAGUUCAAGAACCACGUCUCCGAGACGUCCGCCCAGCACCACCAAUCCUGGAUCCAGCAGAUCCAUACUUCCAAUGAACAGGAGCGUAUGGAGCUGAGGAAGCGCGGCCAGAUCCCCUUUGCCGACGAUGUCUUCCGCGGCCUGAAGCACACGUACCAGAUUGGCGAGCACUUCAUGGGCUACUCGGGCCAUUUCGAUGAGUCAGUUAUCGAGCAGGUCCGGAGGCACCCUGAUGUCGAGUACAUCGAGAGAGACAGCGUCGUUCAUACCAUGUCCCAUAAGGAGUCCAAGUGUGAUGGAGAGACUGAGAAGAUGUCCCCUUGGGGCUUGGCCCGUGUCUCGCACCGCGAUGCGCUCUCUUUCGGCACCUUCAACAAGUACCUCUAUGCCGCAGAGGGUGGCGAGGGCGUAGACGUCUAUGUCAUUGAUACCGGCACGAAUGUCGACCACGUCGACUUCGAGGGUCGUGCUCGCUGGGGCAAGACCAUCCCCGCCAACGACGAGGAUAUCGAUGGCAAUGGUCACGGCACCCACUGCUCUGGUACCAUCGCCGGCAAGAAAUACGGUGUUGCAAAGAAGGCCACCGUCUACGCCGUCAAGGUGCUGAGGUCUAACGGGUCUGGCACCAUGGCUGAUGUUGUUGCCGGUGUUGAAUUCGCCGCCAAGUCCCAUAUCGAGCAAGUCAAGGCUGCCAAGAACGGUAAGCGCAAGGGCUUCAAGGGCUCAGCUGCCAACAUGUCCCUCGGUGGUGGCAAGACCAAGGCUCUGGAUGAUGUCGUCAAUGCUGCUGUCGCCGCCGGUAUCCACUUCGCCGUGGCCGCCGGAAACGACAACGCCGACGCCUGCAACUACUCCCCUGCUGCUGCUGAGAAGGCCAUUACUGUCGGAGCCUCCGGCAUCGACGACAGCCGUGCCUACUUCUCCAACUACGGCAAGUGCACCGACAUCUUCGCCCCUGGCCUCAGCAUCCUGUCGACCUGGAUCGGCAACAAGUAUGCCACCAACACCAUCUCCGGCACCUCGAUGGCCUCCCCCCACAUCUGCGGUCUCCUCGCAUACUACCUCUCGCUCCAGCCUGCCGGCGAGUCGGAGUACUCGGUUGCCCCCAUCACCCCUGAGAAGAUGAAGGCCAACAUGCUCAGCAUUGCCACCGUCGGUGCCCUUACCGACAUGCCCGACGAGACUCCUAACCUCCUCGCCUGGAACGGCGGAGGGUGCAGCAACUACUCUGGCAUCAUUGAGGCCGGCAGCUACAAGGUCGAGCCCAAGUCUGUCAGCAAUGGCCUCGCUGGCUCUGUCACUGAGCUCGAGGAGGCCAUCCUGCACGAUUUCAACCUUGGACAUGGUGUUUCUUCCUUCACCAAGAAGGCCGGGAAGUUCUCCAAGAAGAUCCACGACAUCAUCGAGAAGGAAAUGCACGAGUUCCUCGAGGAUAUUGCCGCUUAA